CUCUAAACUCGUUUGUUUACAAGAUUGACGCCUUUCUGUCACAUAUCAUUGUCUCUUAAGGCGAGGGGACGAUGUCAGACCCACCCGAUAGAACAAAUGAUGUGCUCGACAUCUCACAGUUCCUCAAUGUGUAUGUGUCAGUGGAUGAAGGUCCUCAGGCUGAAACACUGGAGAGCUGGGAGGAUGAUCCACUACGAGACACAGAGGUUCAGGAGGAAGACAGAGCGACAUGGAUUAAUGAGCAAGGGAACUCAAGUAUACAAGCUGGAGACAUAAUUCUUGCAAAUGGGAAGAAGUGUCCAUACUGCUUUAGACUGGUUUCCCGAAACAAGAUGAGAGUCCACUUGAGAACUCACACUGGGGAAAGACCCUACGUGUGCGAAGUGUGCCACAAAAGCUUUGCCCGUUCUGACAAGUUGAGCACCCACAAAAGAAUUCACACUGGAGAGAAGCCUUACAUAUGCUUCUGUGGGAAAAGGUUCAGCCGCAUUGACCACCUGAAGAUGCAUGCUACAACCCACAAUGUAAGUGAGAACCAGCGUGAUGCUCUGCUGGAAGAAGCUAAGCACCUGGACCUAGUAAGUAGAGGGCUUCCUUUGCCCUUUACAAGAGCUCCCCUGUACACAUGCCCUUACUGUCAUAUGCAGUUCAAUCAGACUUACAAGUAUAACAGACACUUGAGAGUACACACAGGAGAAAAGCCGUUUGCUUGCUUCUGUGGUGCGCAGUAUGCUCGGUCUGAGAGGCUGCGGAAGCACCAGAUAGAAAGACAUGGGUAUAAUUUUAACAAAGAAACCUUUUCUCAAUCCUUCCCACAAUCCAGUGAAAUUAUGAUUACACCAAUACCUGAAGUUACAUUAGAAGCAAUAGAAGAUCCUGUUAUAAGUCCUGUCACUGUGAAAGAAGACCCGGUAAAGGAAGAACUCAUUUCUCAGCCAGCAUCUAGCAAGGAUGUGAUUGAAAGUAUCUCCAAGGAAAUUGUCAUUGAGAAAAUAGACACAGUAAGUAAUGAAGAUGCUGAGAAGCUGAAACAACCAAAAAGAAAACUCAUUAAACGGAAUGGCUUAUAUUGCUGUGAAUAUUGCUCCAAAACCUUCAAGAAGGCCCAUAAGCUCAGUAUUCAUAGAAGAAGUCACACAGGAGAAAAACCACACUCAUGUGAGUCCUGUGGUAAGGCAUUUGCUCGUAAGGACCACAUGCUUAAGCAUAUGAAUAUACACCUAAAGAGAAGAAGAAACUCGCUAUUCUUGAGAAGCGUGAAUCAGAAUUUGUGGACAGACAUGGAAUCUGUUAAUUUUCAGGAGAUAAAGAUUGAAAAUGAGGAAAUUGAAGAUCAGUGUGAGACACAAUGUGCCAAAAAGGUGGAAGAAAAGAUAUACUCCUGUGAAAUAUGUGGCCAUACAUUUAAAAAGGUGUACAACCUUCAGUCUCAUAUGGAGAUACAUAGUGAUAGAACACUUUUUGAAUGCAGUGUAUGUAAUAAACAGUUCAAAGUUAAAAAGAAUUAUGAAGCUCAUCUUCUGAACCAUGAAGAAACCACUUCAGGCCUGAUGGAAAAGGCAGCAGAAAAUACAAAUCUUGAGAAAGCUAGAAAUCAGCGUGCUCAAUGCACAGUCUGUGGGAAAUGGGUUGUGUCACAGAGUAGCCUAGAGACCCACAUGAGAUCACAUACUGGUGAGCGUCCCUUCAAAUGUGACAGAUGCAAUAAUGCAUUUAUGCGAAAAGGUGACAUGUUACGCCACAUGAAGUCUCAUACUGGGGAAAAACCAUAUGUUUGUCAUUACUGCUCUGCCACUUUCUCAAGGAAGGACAAACUUGCAUUCCACAUCAAGAGGCAUGAUGAAUCAAAUGAGACAAGCUUGUAAUUCAGAAUGUUAGAUAAGCUUCAUACUAGUGAGAUAUUGUUUUGUUUUGUAUAAAGAGAUGAGCAUUUUCUAUUAUAUUUAAAAUAUAUAAAAGAAAACAAGAAAAAAAGUUAUAUUAUAAUGUUAAAACUUUUUCAUAGCCAGAAUCUUCAAUAAAAGGAAAAAGAUAAAGAGCAAAAUCUAGUCACAUAUGGUAACAUGAGUUGCUUUGCCAAUUUCUCUCAACCAUCCUGAGCAGCAUAGGCUGUUGCUGGAGUGCAAUUUUACUUGUUUUACAUAUAGAGAUGUAUAUUCAUCACAUAAUCAUAUAAUAUAAGUACUUAGGACUUCAUUUUUUCUUUGUGCCAUUCUAAUACUGAGUGAUAUUAAAAAAUAAGUGAAUUCAGUUUACUUGGAAGGUGAUGUUUGUAUCACAUUUUACUUGAAGAUGUUGGUUUUAUCACAAGUUUUAAAGUAGCUAAUCUUUUUAUGGCACAGAUACUUUUUGUAACUCUAAUCUAAAAUAGAAGAUCUUAUCCAAACCACAGGGUGCUUUACCCUCCCAUUCCCAUAAUCUUCCAUAGUAGUUAGAUGUUUGCGUGUUUUUUUCCAAAAUGUAAACAGAAAUUCCUAUGGUUGAUGUGGGUUCUUAAUGGGGUCAGGCAAAACAUGAAUAUCUAUGAAAUACAAGUACCAGUAUCAAACUCAGGCAUUGUGGAGUGUCUUGCAGAAAGUACAGAACACUCCACUGCUGUGUCAGUUGUUAAGAGUUCAUCUGUAUUGUAUGUCUAUAAAUUGUAGUGUGAUAAGAAUAGCAGUUUGUAUGGGCAUUUAUGAGUAGUCACCAAUAUAUUAUUUGAUUUAUUCCUUAUAUAUGGCAUUGUAAUAAAUGUCAGUAUCAGAAGUAAUGUUAUGUAAAUGAUUUUUUUAAUCUGUGUUAUAUACAAGGUAUAGGAUAGGGUUAUUGUUAAGAGUAUAUCUUGUUUAUUGACAUUGUCUAUAUUCAGAUGGUUACAGGUUUUAGUAGAUAGUAAUGUUACCAAAUGUUGUUUUGUUACAUUUUUUGUAUAGUUGUUCGUGUGUGGCAGUUAUUUGAUGUAGGUGGAAGAGUUUUGCUCAAAUUCCCCUUUAGGCUGGUAAUGUGAUGCACCUUACAAAUAGGUGUCUGUUUUUCUCCAUUAGAGAGAGAAUAUUAGCCGGUGUAUUAUGACAUUUUUAAGAAAUAAUUCUAUAUUUUUUCCUCAAAGCCACAUCCAACUGCACCUCACACUCUUGAUAUCACAGUUUAUGACUCCUUUAACAGAAAACAGCCUGCCAUGUUUAAUUACACAGAUAUGUGCUGCAUUUGAACAUGUUGUUGGCAUGAAUGCAAUAAUAUUUUAUAAUGAGUGUUUUUGCAUUAAGAUAAUUAAGUCAGGAUUUUUUGUUCCUGUAGUUAUCUAUGUUUGAGAUUUUUGAUGGGUAAAGGGAAAUUUUUGUUGUUCUUUUGUUAAAAUCUUUUAUUGUUGUGCAAGAUCAGUUUCAGAUAUCUUUAUGACUGCUAUUUGUAUGAUUAAUUUGUAACACAUUACUACAUUGGUACUCAGAAUAACAUUCCAUUAAAACCCUUUUUUUAUACUUCUGUGUCAGGAUUGAUUUUGAUUAUAACAAUAUAUUGUCACAAUUUGUGACUUCAGUAGAAUUAUUUUGGUAUCACUCCUGUAUGGUCUUUGGAGGAGUUUGCACCUUAGAUUGUAAUAUGAUAAAAGUUGUUAUUUACAAGAAAUCUGAAUAGUAGUACUUGUUAUAUCUGUAUUGGAGAUUGGAAGUGCAGUUUUCAUAUCGAAACUGAAUCGAGAAAAGUAAAAUACUUAGGGUUAUUAGUAACAAUUUGGAGAACAGUUUGAAGUCGAAAUUUAGAAUAUGUCUGAUUCAGGAAAAUAAUUACACAUGGCAGUUUGUUGGUUACAUUCUGAGCAGGAGUCUGUUGAGCACACACUGAUAUAUUAAGAAAUGAGGUAUUUCCAAGUAUAGGGAAAGUAGUUAGCUAAUUUGUACAUAAUUGCACUUCAGGAAAGAACAACUCAAGCAGUUAUCAUUACUGCUUUGUAAGGUUGAUGUGAAAUAUUUUCAUAAGUGGUUUCCAUGCAUGCAAUAUUUCUCAUGGAUUAGUAUAUGGACCAGAAGAAAUGAGUCUCUGUAAAACAUUUUCUGAGCAAAAAUAUUUUGUAGAACUUGCACUUUGUAAAUUUCGUACAUUUAAUUACUUAUUUGGAAUAAUUAGAUAGAAUAAUAUACAUUUCAUAGUCAGGUUAUAAACAGAUAUUUACAUAAAAGUGAAAUGUAAAUAGAAAAGAAUCUUACUUGUUAUAUGAAAUAUAUACUUUACUUUAGCAGUGUAGAUAAUGUAAGCACAUAAGAAAAGCAUAGUCAGUAUCCAUCUGUGUUUAGUAAUAUGUCUUGAUAUACAGAAAAAAAAAAACAUUCUGAAUGUACACUUGGCAUGUGAUAAAACUCAUAGACACAAAAUAUAUUUAAAAGAUGA